UAUAAAAACCGCAAUGCACAUACUCGGCAUUCCUGCCGCAGAAGCCCGGCACCUACAUGACUGCCACUGCCGUCAUAUGUAGCUCUGGUCGGUGGCCCUGCACACAGACCGGAGGGUGAGGGCCCUUUUAUCCGGGACUCCCGGUCUCCAUGUCUGCCUGCCGGGUCCCGCUGCAGCUCUUCCUGAGGACACGGGUGAUCGCCCCGGCUCUCUGCACCGCCCUAUGCCGGGGCCUAAGUUAUAGGGCGGCGGGGACAUCAGGUGAGGACACUUCCGGGGAGCAGCCACACGACAGCCCGGGGUCUGGUCCGUGGAGUGAGGCCGCUGACGUCCUGCGGGUAGUGGAAGCUCAUGAGGUCGCCUGCCAGGGGCGCCGCUCCACACGAUGUGUCACCAAGAAAGUGCGGUGCAGGCUGGAGGGUGACAACGGAGCAGCUGGACAAGACGGAUACACAGAUCCACAGACGGGAUAUUUUGUUUUCACCAGACUAGCUCAUCUGAGGAGAGGGAAAUGCUGCGGCAGUGCGUGCAGACAUUGCCCUUUCGGCCAGGAAAAUGUUGAUUCCUCAAAAAAGAAGCAAUUUAAUUCCUUUUUUUAUAUAUGACAGCUGAGUUCAAUCCUUUUUUUUUGUUUCAUUAAUCGUGCGGAUUUUAGAAGAUACCGUAGUACCAGAAAGCAAUUGUAUUUUAGUCCCACAUGUGAUGCAGUCUUUCUCGUUAAUAUUCCUAAGUAAUGAAUUCAAUGUUAAUUCUAAUAAAGAUGAAAUGGAAAGCAAAUGUUCUCAGUCAUUAGUGUGUGCUCUGGAUGCUAUGGUUAUCCUUGCUUUAAUUUUCUCUUUUUUAAUCAGUUUCUAAGCAGUUUUACUGUUGUAUUUGUUUAU